AUUUCUCGUCAGAUGCAAUGCCGCUAUUGGAGAUCAUGGGUGUUUUCGUAGUUUCUUGUUGUGAUUCUCAGCUUCGUUUUCUUGACGAUUGAAAAUACUCUGCGAUUUCCUGUUAAAUUUUGUGGUUUUUAACACACUCCUCUAACGAGAUUUUGUUCUUGGACGAAGAAUGUUCCGCAACCUGGUGUCUGCGGCUAAGAGAGUGUUCCAGCUGCAGCCUCCGAGCCAGCAACACCUCUUCUCGCUCACCACAGAGAAGGAGCUUGCCGCAUGGGAGCACUACUCGGAUAAAAGCUUUGGAGGGCUGUCAACGAGCAACUUUGGACUGGGCAGCGAAGGCAAAGCUGUUUUCUGGGGAGAUCUCAGCCUGGAGCUCGACCAGGACAAGGUCGUGCGGAUCAAAAAGAGUGGAUUCGCAGGACUCAACACGAAAAGGGACUAUGGAAUUUUCGAUCUUGCUCCAUUCGAUGUGAUCGAGAUGCGUCUCAAAGGGGAUGGACGCGCCUACAUGACCAGCUUGCGGACAGAGAACUGGGUUGACAGAGCUAUCGCCGAUGAUAAUAGUUGGCAUCACGUAAUUCACACAAGCAAUGACGAGUGGAAAAUCUACAAGCUUGCGAUCAAAGACUACAAGAGGACAUGGCACGGCCGAGUUUUGGAAGAACAAUGCGAGAUCAAUCUUUCUAGGAUUGUGGGAAUGGGAAUCCAUGUCACGGCGAGAACAACGGCGGGAGAAAUCCAGGGACCGGGUCCUUACAGGCUAGAGCUCGACUGGAUGAGAGCAGUGAGAACGAAAGACUUCCAUAGAGAUUUCUGAGACACUAGAGGUGAGCGAAGUUUUGUUUUGGAUUAAUACUUAGCUCGGAGUCCUACACAUAGCAAAGUUUUCGGUCCAGCAAUAAAAAAGUCGAUGCAUACCAA